GAAACUACACGACGCACGGCCGCUUUUAAGUCCGCGAUAAGCUAACAAAACUCGUUGAAAAUGCAUACAUCAAAAUGGUAGAAUCUCUACAAAUGUUCUUAUUCCUCUUCAAAUCGAAAUACAGACGAAAAUACUCAUGGUUCUCACCGUUCUUGUGUUCAGUGCUCAUAGUGUUAUUGUUUUGUCAUGAUGUUCUAUCUAGGUGUAGUGAACAUAACUGUAUAAACGGUGAAUGUAGGAACGAGACUUGUGUAUGCUUCGAAGGCUGGCAGGGUCCAGAAUGUCAGCAUUGCGGUGGGAAGAUAAAACUCAGUGCCGCAAGUGGUGUGAUAACAGACGGUCCCGGGAACUACAGCGUGAGUACGGCAUGCUCGUGGCUGGUGGCCCCGCCCCGGCUCGGCCCGGGCCCGCCUCCUCUACGCAUCCGACUCGAGAGCUUUGCUACCGAGUGCGGUUGGGACCAUCUGUAUAUUUAUGACGGGGAUAGUGUUCGAGCUGAGCGGUUAUUGGCUGUGUUCAGCGGUGUGUUGGAUGACGGCGACUUCGGAUGGACGCGGCAAGUGAUAGCGCGGUCUGGGAGUGCGUUGCUUCAUUUCUUCUCUGACGACGCGUACGCUAUGGAAGGCUUUAAUGUGACAUAUGCAGCGUACUCUUGUCCAUCCGAUGAUCAUCGUACCAAUUGCUCAAAUCAUGGAGAGUGUGAAGAUGGCGUGUGCAGAUGCGAGCCGGAUUGGGUGGGCGUGGCCUGCGAUGAGCCGCUGUGUCCAGAGGAUUGUAACGCCGCGUACGGUGCGGGGGAGUGUACGCGCGGGGGGUGUGAAUGUGCGACGUCGCGUGCGGGGGCGUCGUGUGGGCGUGACGCGGCGGCCGCGGGGUGGGAGUGGCGGUGGCGGGAGGCGGGGGACGCGCGCCCCGCGCUGCCCGCCCCCGCGCACGCCCCGCCCCCCGCCGCCGCCCAUGUUCUCCUCGCCGCGGGACCGGACUUGCUCAGAGUGGGAGGGGAGACCUUCUCACAUGCUGACUUUAUGUACAGAUAUAAAACGGCAGAGAACCGAUGGUACCCGAUCAAGGCGGUAGAGGAGGGCGCGGUGAGCCCGGCGCCGAGGUUCGCGCACUCCGCCGUCAUGUAUGGAGAUGAAGUUAUUGUGUAUGGAGGAGUUGUGGCCUCUGAUGAACCUGAAAGAGGGGGCGGGCUGGCGGGGCUGGAGGGGCGCGCGGGCGAGGUGACCAACGAGGUGUGGCGCGGCCGCGUGCAGCACGACGCCGUCAUCUGGACCAACGCCACGCCCACCGCCUGCUCGCCGCACAGGACCCCGCCCUUCAAACAUUGCGGAGGUCUACACUUGUCGGGGCACACGGCGGUGCUCGCACACGUCGGACCCACUCAGAAGGCGAUUAUGGUGGUUUUUUUCGGUCAUUCGCCACAUUACGGGUACAUGCAUAUUGUACAGGAGUACCACAUAGAGGAGGGGGCGUGGUCCGCCCCGCCCACUCGGGGGUGGUCUGCGCGCGCGGGCUUCGGCCACUCCGCCGCCUGGGACCCGCUGUCGCGCCGCGUCUACGUGCACGCCGGACUCGUCUCGGAGUCCGAAGCUGCACAGGCGCCGUCAGCCGCGCUAUACGAGUACGAGGUGGAGAGCCGCGUGUGGCGGCCGCUGCCCUCCGCACCCACACCUAGAUAUCUACACACAGCUAUAUUUGUAUCUCCAGGUGUGAUGUUAGUGUUCGGUGGAAACGCGCACAACGACAGCGCGCCCGCCGCGCCCGCCAGCGCCGCCGCCUCCAAGUGCUACUCCGCGGCCGCCAUGCUGUAUGACGUCAGAUGCGGCGUGUGGCACGCUGCGCCGGAGCCGCGCGGGGCGGCGCGCGCGGCGCACGCGGCGGCGCACACCACGCACCGCGGACGUAAGGCUGCUAUCAUAUAUGGCGGUUUCGACGGUCGGCUGCGGUCGGACGCGCUCGUGUUCGUGUCGGGCGCGGCGUGCGCGACGCACUCGGACGAGCUGUCGUGCGUGUCCGCCGCGCGCCACGCCGCCACCGCCUGCGCCUGGAGGACGCGGGAGAGAUUGUGUGUCGCUUUGGAAGAAGUCGGUUGGGCAAAGUCUUUCGAUGGUACAGUGAAAACGUGCGUCGUAGAACCUGUUUUAGACGAGAAGCGCUGCGGCGCUGCGGAGUGGUGCGGCGCGUGCACGGCCGCGGGCUGCGCGUGGUGCGGCGCCUGCUACCCCUCCGCGCAGUACUGUCUUAGGCAUACGCAACAGAUGGCGUUGUCUCUGGAGGAGUGCGGCGGCGCGGCGUCCGAGCCCGCGCGCGACGCGUGCGCGAGAUACCACUCGUGUGCGGCCUGCCAUGCGCACAGACACCACCACGCACAUGCGAUAGAAGAUGUAAACCAAAGAGCUUGUUACUGGGACUAUGACACUGUUAAAUGUAAGCCGGCGAACACCACGGACGAUGUAAGAAGCGUGUCAAGUGGCGGGUGCAGUGCUCCGUGCGCCACGCACACCACGUGCGCCAACUGCACCGCUGAGGAGUGCAUCUGGUGCGCUUCGGCCGGACGAUGUGUGGACAAGAAUGCGUACGGCGCGUCGUUCCCGUUGGGCGGGUGCCGGGCGUGGUCGACGGGUGCGUGUGCGGGGGGCGCGGCAGGUGCGGCGGGCGCGGCAGGCGGUCGCGGCGGGGGGUGCGCGGCGCACGCGGGGUGCGCGGCGUGUCGCGCGGAGCCGGCGUGCGGGUGGUGUGACGACGGCGAGGGCGGGGGGCGCGGCGUCUGCCUGCCCGGCGGACAACGCAGGCCGCAUCAACCACACGUCUGUCCACAACAUAGAUGGCACUUCACGCGGUGCCCGCUGUGCCAGUGCAACGGGCACGCGGUGUGCGACGCGGCGGCGCGCUGCGUGCAGCCGUGCGGCGCGCGCGCCACCGGCGACCACUGCGACACGUGCGCGCCCGCGCACUGGGGCAGCCCGCUCAAUGGCGGCCUCUGCCAGCCGUGUUCGUGUAAUGCUCAAGCGGUGUCGUGUGCGGCGGACACGGGCCGCUGUUACUGCAGUACUAAAGGGCUGGCGGGAGACCGCUGUGAUAAGUGUGAUAACACCAAUCACUAUCACGCUGAUGUAUACAACAAGGGAGCAUGUUAUUACGAUUUAGCAGUGGAUUAUCAGUUCACGUUCAACCUAUCGAAGAAGGAGGACCGUCACCUGUCCGCGAUCAACUUCCGCAACGCGCCGGUGAAGCCGGACGUGGACGCGGACUUCAGCAUCACGUGCUCUGCGCACGCGCGCAUGAACCUCACAGUACGCACGCGCGCGGACCCCGCGGAGCGCACGCUCUUCAGCGACCUCAACUGCACCAACUUCAGAUACAAGCCGUUCCACUACAGGUUCGCGAAGUCGGAGCACGCUUUCGGUGUAGAGGACAACGUGACGCUGACGACGUUCUUCGUAUACGUGUACGACUUCCGGCCGCCGCUCUGGAUACAGAUCUCCUUCUCGCAGUAUCCUAAAUUAAAUCUACAGCAGUUCUUCAUCACCUUCUCUUCUUGUUUCCUGCUGUUGUUGCUCGUCGCUGCUGCUUUGUGGAAGAUCAAACAGAAGUAUGACAUAUACCGUCGCCGGCAGCGGCUGUUCGUGGAGAUGGAGCAAAUGGCCUCCAGACCCUUCAGCCAGGUCUGCGUUGAGCUGGAGAAAGGAGGUGGAGGUGCGGGCGUGCCGGCGCCGGUGGCGCUGGAGCCGUGCCGCGGCGGGCGCGCGGCGGUGCUGUCGCUGGUGGUGCGGCUGCCGACGGGCGGCACGGGGCGCGCGCCGCCGCUGGGCGGGCUGGCCGUCGCCUCCGCGCUCGUCACGCUCGGCCACCACGCGCCGCCGCACAAGAGGCCGCGCCACCGCUGACACACCACACACACCACACACACCACACACCGCUAUGAACACCAAUGUAAAUAAGUGCAUAUUAAGUACUGUACAUAGUGUUCACAAACUGAUAAGUUUGAUUCGUUAAUACUCACACGAGACCGGACUGACAAGAUGGAGGCCGAGUGACUCAUUGUUCACAUCACAUCUAUAGUCUAUGGUUCUUUUAUAACUAUGGCAGCAGAAUUACAAAAACAUUUGGAUUUAAUUCUACUCGUAUUUAAAAUGUUUAUGACAAUAUUAAGAUCUGAGACCGAUCAAAGUAAAAUUUAUUAUGGUUCUUGAUGAUAGAUAAGUCAAAUUAUUUUUGCUGUGACCCAUUUCAUGAAUUAUUUUGAGUUUGCAACUGACAGGAACGGUUUUUAAGUACGAGUAGAAUAAAUGUUUUGUGUUAAGGUUUUUGUUUUUUGAUUCAAGUUCAUAGUUAUUGAACAUCUAAACAUUGUUUGUCGAAGGAAUCGUAUCUCUUAUAUUUUUGUUAUAAUGUUUAAAAGACUAAAUGGGCAUUACAGAAAUGUCAUAAUUUUUUUUACCCUAUUUUAUGUUGUAAGAAAAGAUAUUUUUAUAUUUAUUUUUAGGUUAUAAUUACUUUUACCAAUCAUCACAAUUUUUUAUUUGCUUUAAUUCAUUUGAAAACAAAUAUUUACUAUUCUAGGUGCUUUCAGUUGAUUAGUCUAUGGUUUAGUUUAAAAUUUUUUAUCUGUUGACCAUAAGUGAAGUUUGUUAGUGUUGCUACAUUUAAAUUACAAUUUCCCGCUUUAUUUUCCAACAAUAUUUUUUGAUUUAUUUCCAUUUUCCACUGCCAUGUGUCUUUUAAUUUCUUUGAUAUUGUCAUUUAUUUGGAAAUAAUAAGCAAUACAAUAUAGUAUUUAACGUCCAAUUUAUUGCCAGAGCAAUUCGUGUCUUUAUUACAACGAUGUGAUAAUUGUCAUCACAAUGUAGUUUCUAUGUACGGAAUGAUCGAGAACUUUCCAUUUUUUUUUACCCUAGGACUUAGUCAUUUUUGAGCUAAUUUUGUAGCAUACGCUAGCAACCCUUGUACAGUUAGCAAGAAUAUUGGAAUGUUAAAAAUCUUUCGCCUGUAAGCAAAAGUUUUUAACUAUAGUGUAUAGUAAUUCGUACGACUAAUAGUGUGGCAAAAUUAUCUGGCCCGGUGAUGAAAAAUUGCCGCCUUUUUCUGUCAUUUUCUGACAGAAGUUGGACAAUAGCCACCCACCGGGCCGGAUGAGUUUGCAGAACUAUAAGUGAAAAGUGACAAUCACUAUUUGUAAUUGUAAAUAAUUCAGCUUCGACAAGACUUUGGAUAUUUUUCUUACGACUGAUAUGUAAAUCGUGUAAAAAGUCAUAUGUAUACAAUUUUUUUUUCAUAUAAAAGCAUUUAUUUUUUUAGAUGUUGUGUCGAAUUUUGUGUAGAAAAUGAAAUUAUGACAUUUAAAAAAUUUUUGAUAAAAUAAUGGUUGAGUAAAAUAAAAUAGCAAUAAAUUGG